UAUUCGAUAACGAUACAAUUCCCAUACCAAAAUGAUUCGACAGCCCUGGUUCCCUGCAAAAAUAGCGCGAAGUUUUUGUGUUUACGGCGGUGAAAAAUAGUGGAUAUCGUGUAAAUAUGAGCAGUCGCAAACACAGAGGCUCCGAAAAUAUGGAAAAUUUGUGCCCGGUGACCAGAAAGCGCUCGACCAAUAAGAACCCCGUCUUUGUUGUGGGCGCACUAGUUUCCACCACGAAGUCAUCGCAUUACGAGCACCCUUCCUCGCCCUCGGCACUUACUUUUGAGGCCCUAGAAGAGAUGGGAAUCGGAAUGCUGGACUCCGAAGAAAGCAGCUCUUCAGCCCUCUCAGCCAUCGCUUUGGCUGUUAGUGCUAGUGCCACCAGCGACGACAACUCCAACGAGACGACUCCGUACGCCAGUGUGCCUCGCAUAGCGCACCAGCUACAGCACUCGCAACGGCUAAGCCUGGGUUCUACGGGGGAUACCACACUGGACAGCCAUGCUGUGGAGGAUUCACUGUCGAUGGGCCGCCAAUCGCCCGAGGCGCUCCAGAUUCUGGCGCAGGCCAAGCGCCCGGCGUUAGGCUCUGAAGGGAGCAGCAAUUCAAACUCGCCCAGCAAACGUUUACGCAACCCCCUGGCUGCAGUCACCUGUAACAACCAGAUUGAUGGGUCGGCUUCGCUCAAUUUUCAGCCAUCAACCAGCAGGUUAGCGCAAGUUCGCCAGGCAAAAAAGCCCUCGACAGCACAGAUCCCAACCCGAAUGAUACCCAGGGAUAGUUUCUUUGUGUUCCGCACCCCGGCCAUGAGUGCCCACAUCAGCAGCGGCAUAAACUACUUCGAAAGACUUUCAGACGAAAUACUACUGGACAUCUUUAAGUGGCUCCCAAAGAAGACGCUGCUGCGCAUUGCAACCGUUUGUCGACGCUUUAACCGCUGCUCCCGCGAUGAGACUUUGUGGACGAGACUGGAUUUGGGCUUGCGGACCAUUAGACCAGGUGCCCUCGAGCAAAUUGUUAGGCGGGGAGUCCUUGUAAUACGUCUGGCCCAGGCUAGUAUCCAGGAACCCGCAUUCGCACAAUUAACAGAAGGUUUUUCAGCGCGACUACAAUAUCUCGACCUGAGUAUGGCCUCCAUCACACGAAGCUCACUGCUCAUACUAUUGUCUCAAUGUCGUCAACUAAAGAAAUUAAGCCUAGAGAAUACUGAGCUCGAUGACACCAUCUGUGCAGAGAUCGCAAAGAAUGAAGCUUUGGAAGCGGUCAAUCUGACUAUGGCUACCGGCCUAACGGCCAACAGUGUUCGUCUUAUGAUGGAGUCCCUUACCAACCUAAGCAGCUUAAACAUAUCGUGGACUGACCUAAGUGCGGAUGCUGUCACGGCGUUGGUUACCCACAUUUCCCCCAAUGUAAUUCGGCUGAAUAUCGCUGGCUGUCGCCGCGUUUUGUUUGACUCACAUGUUGCAUCGCUGCAAAAUCGGUGCCCUCAGUUGUUAGAGCUUGACCUAUCUGAUUGCAAUAGUCUAACCCCAACAGUAAUUACUUCAAUUAUGAAAUUCAAGAUGCUGGAAUACUUGUCCGUCUCCCGAUGUUAUCUUAUUCCUGCAACCAAAUUUAUUGAACUUAAGAGUAUGCCCUCGCUAACCUAUUUAGACAUAUUUGGGAUGCUGUCGGACGCUGCGAUGGAAGUCCUUGAAAAACAACUUCCAAAAAUGGGUAUAAACAAAUUCAUUCACAGUUCGGUGUCUCGCCCGACUGUUGGCACGCGACGUACCUCCAUUUGGGGUCUUCGCACGCGCGACUAAAUCUCGAUUCUGCAGCUUUCGUUACCAUCUGAAUUUAUAUUUCUGCGUAAGCCAUCCGUAACGCAGUUCUUUUAUUCUCAAUUCAACAACAUAAAUAAUAAUAUUAGCUGUUCUUAUUUUUGUGCGUUUGGUCACUCGUCCUGGUCCGCUUCGCUAAUGGGCUCCACUGGUAUUUCCCAUUCCCAUUUCUCCCAGUUUACGCAGUUCUUGAGACUAUCCAUAAAUCCUGUUUCGCUGGGACACUUUAUUUCAACUGCUGGUUGGUUAAGUGUCUCACACUUCCAGUACGAUGUGGGAUCCCAAUUGUUGCGGAAAAC